AUGUCAGUAGAGGGCAAGAUUUACAAUAUCCCACCGGAUAUCAGGCCGAAGAUGACGAGCUACAGGCUGGAGGUGAUCUUUUGGGGUGUUCGCGACAUGAGGAAGAUAAAAUAUAUGCCGGUUCGCAGGCCGAGAAUUAUAGUGGAGUGCUCCGGAGUGUACGUCAAGUCGGAAGUGAUGAAGAACGCUAGGAAAUUCAGCAACUUUGCGGAACCGCAUAUUAUGAUCGAGCUGGAAAUGCCGGAGCUCGACAUUUACUAUCCUAGUAUCACCAUAAAGGCAUACGAUUCGCGCGGAUUUGGCUGCUUCAAGUACGCCGGGAUCUGCAUUAUCCCUAACAUUCACGUGUUUCUCGAGCAAUUAAUAACCGUGGAGGAUUAUGAUGCCCAGAUAUACGAGUCGAAAUUCAUGCAGAAAUUCCAGCUGGCGAAACGGCAGACGGCGGUAGUGUUACCUUUGCCGAUCGAUUAUAGUCCUCCGAAGGAGGAGGGCAAAGGUCUCAUUGCGUAUAAGAGAAUGGCUGCAACGGACAUUCGUUCUAAGCUGAAGAGACUGCUUGUAGUCACGAAGAGGAUAUUGAAAUUCAAGUUUCUUACCAAGAGAAAGAAGGUGGAGAUUUACAAAGACAGCGAUGACGAAACUCUCGAUUGGUGGAGUAAAUAUUUCGCCUCCCUUCAGGACGAGAGAAAUAGAGAAUUGGGGAUCACGACAGCGUUUCGUCGUAAACCCGUGGCGACGUUCAAGAUCUAUUCCACGGAGCUGGAGAUGCAGCCGCAAUUCGAGGGAUUCCAGGAUCGGCUCCGCACGUUCGAAUUGUGGCGCGGAAGGAAGGGCGAAAGCCCCGAGCACGCCGGGGAUAAUUACGCCGGCAGAUUCAAGGUUGAUUCACUUCGAAAAGUUAUUAACAAAAAAUAUAGAGAUUAA